AUUCCCGGAGAACAAUGGGAACCGGGACAGCGGGCAGGGGGCGGGGCGGGGCCGGGACCGCCCCGGGCCCGCGGGGACUCUGAUCCGGGAUCGGGAUCGGCACCGGGACCAGGAUCGGGAUCGGGAUCGGGGACCCCCGGCCCGGCUGCGGACCCCGGAGCCGCUCCGGCCGAUGCUGGGACAUUCCCUGGGAAAUUCCCUGGGAUUGGAACACCCGCCGGGAAUCACCGGAGCGGCAGCGGGGUCGGGGCGGUGACCUCGGUGGCCCCGGAAAGAGCCCGCACCUUCCUCCUCAUCCUCCUCCUCCUCCUCGGCCACAAUUUCCUCUUCCUCCCCCGGGCGCGGGACCGUUGGGCGGCCGCUGCUGGCACACGGCAGGGACAUCCCGGCGCUGACGGAAUUCCCGGGACACUCUUGGGACUGACAGAAUUCCUGGGACGCUUUUGGGACUGAGAAAAUUCCUGUGACACUUUUGGGACUGAGAAAAUUCCCGGGACACUUUUGGGACACUCUUGGGACUGAGAAAAUUCCCUGGACAUCCCUGGGACAUCCCCGGGACAUUUUUGGAAUUCCCGGGACACACUUGGGAUUCCCGGGCCGCCGUCAGCAGCCCCGGCGAGGUGAGGAGGCCCCGUUCCUGUCCCGCUUUCCGGGGCCAUGUUCUUCCUGCCCUGGGGGAGGAGGCGCUCGGAGCAUCCCCCCGGAGCCGCCGGGGCCCGGCAGCCGCAGCCGGGGGAGUUUUCCACCCAGUCCCGGUACCGGAGGAGCUGGCAGGGAUGGACCUGGCUGCGCAGGCAGGACGGGAUGCAGCAUUCCCGAGGAGGCGCUGACACCGGGAGAGACUCCGGGAUAGCGGGAGAGGCGGGAGACGGGCCCGGGUGUGCGCAGGUGAACGGGAAAGAGCCGGGGAGCCUCCGGAACGGCGGAGCCCGGCAGGAGCAGCCGGAGGUGAGGAGCAGCACCAGCGGGAUCCAAGCCCUCGGGAAGGACUUUGGGGACAAGGCCGGUGUCCCACGCCAAGCCAGGAACAAAGGGAUGGAUCGGCCUCGGCGUCGGGCCCCGCAACCACCCCGGGCUGGGAGCAGGGAGGGUGAGGUGGGAAAGGCCAGCGGGAAUUCCCAGGGCCGGGACAUGGACAGUGCCAGCCGGAAUGGGAAUGUGCCAAGGGAAGGGAUGGAUCAGCCCCUGCUCCUGCCCUCGUUCAGGGUUGUCAGCAGGGAGGGUGAGGAGGGAAAGCCCAGCGGGAAUUCCCAGAGCCGGGAGAAGGACACUGCUACUGCCACUCGGAAUGGGAAUGUGCCGGGGAAAGGGAUGGAUCGGCCUCGGCGUCGGGCCCCACUCCCACCCCGGGCUGGGAAAUGUGAGAAUGAGGAGGGAGAGCCCGGCAGCAAUUCCCAGAGCCGAGAGAGGGGCACUGCCACUGCCUUCCAGAAUGGGAAUGUGCCGAGGGAAGGGACGGAUCAGCCUCGGUCCCCGCCCCCACUCCCACCCCGGGCUGGGAAAUGUGAGGAUGAGGAGGGAGAGCCCGGCAGCAAUUCCCAGAGCUGGGGGAGGGUCAUGGACAAGGACAGUGCUACUGCCCUCCGGAAUGGGAAUGUGCCAGGGGAAGGGAUGGAUCAGCCCGUGUGUGUGCCCACAGUCUGGGUUAGCAGCAGGGAGGGUGAGGAGGGAAAGCCCAGUGGGAAUUCCCAGAGCCAGGACACGGACAGUGCCACCCAGAAUGGGAAUGUGCCGAGGGAAGGGAUGGAUCAGCCCGUGUGCGUGCCCACAGUCUGGGUUAUCAGCAGGGAGGGUGAGGAGGGAGAGCCCAGCAGCCAUUCCUGGAGCCGGGACACCUGGAAUGGGAAUGUGCCGAGGGAAGGGAUGGAUCAGCCCGUGUGUGUGCCCACAGUCUGGGUUAGCAGCAGUGAGGGUGAGGAGGGAAAGCCCAGCAGGAAUUCCCAGAGCCGGGACACCUGGAAUGGGAAUGUGCCAAGGGAAGGGAUGGAUGAGCCCGUGUGCGUGCCCACAGUCUGGGUUAUCAGCAGGGAGGGUGAGGAGGGAGAGCCCAGCAGCCAUUCCCGGAGCCGGGGGAGGGACAUGGACGCUGCCACCACCCCCGGAAGGGACGGACGGACGGAGCCUCCGUCGGGAGAGGAGCGCAGGGAGUGGCUCUGGCAGAGGCUGCGCAGGCUGGGAGAGGACAUGGAGGGCUGGGAAGGGAGGCCCACGGCGGAGCUGGCGGCCGGGCUGGCGCGGCGCAUCGCGGGAACGCCCCCCGGCAGCUACCCCACGGAGCUGGGGACCGACAGCGCCCGGCGGGAGCGGGGCUCCAGAGCCAGCCCGGACCGCGGCGAUCCCGGCAGGAUUUACCGGAGCCUCCUCAGAAUGCUGAGGGCCAGCGGGAGCACCGAGAGCACGGAGGAGGACUCGGACUUGGGCCUGGGCUCGGGCUCAGAUCGGGAGCAGAGCUCAAGGGCCAGCCCAGGUCGUGACAUUCCCAGCGUGAAUUACGGGAGGCUCCUCAGAAUGCUGAGGGCCAGCGGGAGCGCUGAGAGUGCAGAGGAGGACUCAGGCUUGGGCUGGGAGCAGAGCUCUGGAGCCAGCCCGGACCACAGCACUCCCGGCAGGAAUUACGGGCGCUUUAUCGGAAUGCUGAGGGCCAGCAGGAGCACCGAGAGCACAGAGGAGGACUCGGAGCAGGAGCAGCAGGAGCAGGCCGCCGUGAACGUCGGCCGCAAGUGGGAUCCCAACCGCCUGGACUGGCGAUUCCAGGAGGUGUGGGCGCGCUCCUGGCUGGACUGCGGGCGGGUGGCCAAGGAGGAGAAGCUGGACGGGGACCCGGUGCCCUUCCAGCGGCAACGCCGGCUGCGCCCGCACGAGGAGAAGCAGGUGGCGGAGCUGCUGGAGGAGUACCUGCGGGAGCGAAUCGUGGUGAAGGGCACCUCCGAAUCCAACAAUUCCUUGAUUCUCUACCAAAAACCGCAUGGGCGCGGCGCCCGCCUGACCCUGGACUGCGCCGCCCUCAACGCCACCACUCCCGUGGAGCCCCAGGAGCGGCUGGACCGGGAUGAGAUCCUGACCUCCGUCAGCCCCCGGAGCCGCUUCUUCUCCGUGCUGGAUUUGUCCAACGCCUGCCUCGCCAUCCCGCUAGCCCCCAGCUGCUGGGGCCGCUUCGCCUUCACCUUCCGGGGCCAGCAGUUCCUGUUCACGCGGCUGCCGCCCCGGUUCCACGGCACCAGCUCCAUCCUGCAGCGCCGCGUGGCUGCCAUGCUGGCCGAGCUGGAGCCCGGCGCCGCCCGCGGCGUCUUCCACUACUUCGACGACAUCCUGAUCACCGGGAAGUGGCGGCGGCAGGUGCGGUACCGGACCCGCCGUGUGCUGGAGCUGAUCCGAAAGACCGGCUUCAAAGUGAACCGGGACAAGGCGCAGCUGGUGCAGCCCGAGGUGAAUUACCUGGGCCUGACCCUCUGCGCCUCGGGGCGCCGCGUGCCCCAGGAGAAGCUGCUGCAGAUCUGCGGGGACUGCGACGCCGCCGGGCCCUGGGAUCCCAGCCGGCUCCGCUCCGUCCUCGGCAAGUUCAACAAUUUGAAGGAAUUCAUCCCCGACUAUUUGGAGCUGGCGCUGCCGCUUCAGAGGCUGCCGGCGCCGGGGAAGUGGGAAUGGGAGCAGGAGCGGGAGUGGCAGCGGAGAUGGGAACGGGAACGGGGCUGGGAGCAGCUGCAGCGGCUGAAGGAGGCUCUGAAGGCGGCGCCCGCCCUGCUCUUCCCGAAUAAAUCCCGGCCCUUCGUGAUCCGGCUGUCGGUGCACGAGCAGACGGUGGGAGCCGUGCUGCUGCAGGAGAAGGAGGGGACGCUGCGCCCGGUGCGACACUGGUCCAGCAGGCUCAGCGGCCAGCGCUGGGCCCCGCGGGACACCUGGUGCCUGGCGGCUGUCUGGGCUGUCCAGGCCUUCCAGAAACUCACGGGGCCGGCUCCCAUCCUCAUCCGGGGGCCCGCCGGGCGUUGCCUGCUCCGGGGCGAGCUGCUGCUCAAUGGCGACUCCGGUGACCCCAAGCUCCCGGAGCAAUGGAGGCUGCUGGUGACCACCAAGGGCCCAGAGCUGCAGGAAUCCCAAACCGUGUCGAUCCCGCUGGCCCCGCGGCUCACGCAGCUGCCUCCCAAUGUUCCCAACGCCAACGUCUGGUUCCUGGCCGUGGAGAGGGGAUGGUCCGGACAACCGUCCGUGGCCUUUGCCGCCGCCAGCCUGGAGGAGCGGUGGCUGCUGGGGCUGCGGCAGGGCCCCGAGGAGGAGGAGGCGGCGCUGGAGGCGCUGUGGGAGCUGCUGGAGAAGCACCGGAGCUGCCACCCGCUGUUCCUCUAUUCCAGCUGCCCCAGGCUGGCGGCGAGGCUGCGGCGGCCGGAGCCGGACUGGCGCUGCGGCGACGCCGCGGGGCCCAAGGUGCUGCGGUGGCUCCGCUCCUUCCCGGGAAUGCUGCAUAUCCGCCAGGUGGGAACGCGCGGCAACGCGGCGCCGGAGGAGAGGAGAUGGAUGUGGAUGGUGACCGCCAGAGCCAGGGAUGUGAGAGCCAGGGCUGUGGCCGAGAAUUCCGCGGGCAUCUGGAAAGUCUGGGAGCCGUCGGCAUCCGAGCGGCAGGAGAUCGUGGCGCAGUGCCACCGCCACGACGGCGUGGCGGGCGCGCUGCUCCGCGUGCAGAACGUGCAGCCCUGGGCGAACGACGGCGAGGACGUGACCCGCUGGGUGCGGCGCUGCCCCGAGUGCCGGGACGGCGAUCCCGACCCGGCCCCGCAGCGGGAUCCCUGGUCCCGGCUGCGGAUCAGCCUCUCCUCGGCGCUGCCGGCGAGCCCCGAGGGGUUCCGGGCGCUGCUGCUGGUGCAGGACGAGCUGUCGGGCUGGCUGGACGCCCUCCCGCUGCGGCAGCCGGGCCAGCCCGAGGUGUGCCGGGCGCUGCUGCGGGAGGUGUUUGGGCGCUUCGGGAAGGUGGAGGCGGUGCUGCUGGAGCCCCAGCCCGCCUGGCUCUGGGAGCUGCUGCAGCGCCCGCCCCUCCUGGCCCACUGGGGCCGCCUGGAGCCCGCCGGGCCGGCCGAGGCGGCGGCGGCGCAGGGCGCGGUCCGGGUGGCGCGGGCGCUCGGGGACGGCUGGGCGGCGGCGCUGCCGCUGAUCCGGGCGGGGAUGGCGGCACAGUGGGUGCGGGAGGAGGAGCUGGGCGCGCUGCUCCGCGUGCCCGGGCUGCCGCUGGAAGUGUGCCGGGAAUGCCCCGGGGGUGGGAACGGGGACGGGAAGGAGAACGAGAUCUCGUGGCUGCGCUCGAUGGAGAUUCGGCCAGGAUUCCGGCACUGGGUGCAGAAUGCGCUCUGGUAGGAGCUGGGAUCGGGAUCGGGAACCAAGAUCUGGGAUCAGGAGUGGGAGCUGGGAUUGGGAUCUGGGAUAGGGAACCGAGAGCUGGGAUUGGGAUCUGGGAGCUGGGAUUGGGGUCUGGGAUUGGGAUCCAGGAUCAUGAUUGGGAGCCAAGAUCCGAGAGCUGGGAUUGGGAUCUGGGAGCUGGGAUUGGGAGCUGGGAGCCAGGAUUGGGGUCUGAGAUUGAGAUCCAGGAUCAGGAUUGGGAGCCAAGAUCCGGGAGCUGGGAUUGGGAUCUGGGAGCUGGGAUUGGGAUGUGGGAGCUGGGAGCCGGGAUUGGGGUCUGGGAUUGAGAUCCAGGAUCAGGAUUGGGAGCCAAGAUCCGGGAGCUGGGAUUGGGAUCUGGGAGCUGGGAGCCAGGAUUGGGAUCUGGGAUUGAGAUCCAGGAUCGGGAUUGGGAGCCAAGAUCCAGGAGCUGGGAUUGGGAUCCUAGAGCCAGGAUCUGGAAGUUGGGAUCCGGGAUUGGGAUCCAGGAGCCAGGAUCAGGAUGUGAGAGCCAGAAUUGGGAUCUGGGAUCGGGAUGUGGGAUCAGGAUCAGGAUCCAGGAUUGAGAUCUGGGAACUGGGAUUUGGGUUCCAGGAGCCAGAAUUGGGAUCUGGGACCAGGAUCUGGAUCUGAGGUCCGGGAUCAGGAUCCAAGAGCCAGAAUUGGGAUCUGGGAACUGGGAUUUGGGUUCCAGGAGCCGGAAUUGAGAUCUGGGAUCAGGAUCAGAAUCCAGGAUUGAGAUCUGGGAUUGAGAUUUGGGAUUGGGGAUCUGGGAUCGGGACGUGCUGGACCCAGGCCGCACUGUGAGCCUGCUGGGUCCCAGCUCGGUCUAAGGGGGGGGUUAGGCUGGACCAGGAGAUCUGGGUGGCACUCGGGCUGGGUUUAGGCUGGAAGAGAGCUUUGGGUGGGCCUGGGAGGGCUUUUAGGCUGGACCAGGAGAGCUUCUAGGCCUGGUGAGGGUUUUAGGCAGGACUGAGAGGUUUUUAGGUGGGGCUGGGGCUGAUGGGCAGGACUGAGCAGAGUUCUAGGCCUGGGAGGGGUUUUAGACAAGACUGGCGUUCUUUUAAGCAGGACUGGGAGGGGUUUUUAGGUGGGAUUUGGGACCUUUUAGGACUGGUGAAGAUUUAAGUCAGGACUGAGGGACUUUUAGGCCAGGGAGAGCUUUUAGGUGGGGCUGAGCCAGGUUUUAGGCUUGGGAGAGCUUUUAGGCUGGACUGAGGAGCUUUUAGGCUGGAUUUGGGACCUUUUAGAACUGCUGAAGCUUUUAGGCUGGGCUGGGACAGGUUUUAGGCUGGGCUGGGACAGGUUUUAGGCUGGAUUUGGGACUUCUUAGAACUGCUGAAGCUUUAAGUCAGGACUGGGGCCCGUUUAGGCCUGGGAGAGAUUUCAGGCUGGACUAAGCCUGGCUCAGCCUCCUGCUCCAUCCCCGGAAUGUUUCUUGUGGAAUGUUUCCCCAGGAAUGUUUUCCCUCUGUUUCUGCCUGUCGUUGCCUUCAUUAAAACCGAGUUUAAACUCCA